AUAAUAUUUUGCGUGUCGCAAAUGCGUUAACAUUAAAAAUUAAUUAGCUACUUUAAAUAUUACUUCAUCGGAUGUACAAAUGUGGAAAAAGAGUCAUUGCAUUUUAAUUUUUAGUAAUCGAAUUGUAAACUUUCAAAUUUCUUUGCGAAAUAACACAAACUAAAAUGAAAAUGAUUUUUGAUUUCAUGUCUUUAACGAUUAAUGGCAACGUAACUAUGAAAACCACUUUUAAUGCAUACAAAUUCAAUGGCGAUGAUUUUAUCAGCUGAAAGGAAUAAUAAAACUACGACUUGUAUGAAAAUUCAUCUUAAGCAAUGCACAUGUUUGUUAAAGUGAUGUAUGACUUGUAAAUAAAUAGAAACUGUAUGUCGUACCGAGACUAUUACGGAUACAUACUUUGUAGUGUCGUAAAUUGCAUAUUAAACGUUGUUAAAUAGAACAAGGUUUUAACAAUGUCAUUAAGAAAAUUUAUGCAUCCAAAAAAUAAAUAUAAACAAGCACCAGAUUUUAAACAACUUGCAUUACUGUAUCCAGAAUUUCGUAAUAUUGCGAUUACUGAUUUGACAGGCAAAGUAAAGAUUGACUUUAAAAAUCAAGACAGUUUACGAGUGCUUACAGAAGUAUUAUUACAACAUGACUUUGAUCUUGAUGUUAAAAUACCUCCAAAUAAAUUAGUACCAACAUUGCCAUUACGUCUAAAUUAUAUUUUGUGGAUCGAAGACUUAAUGAAACAUGCUUCGUACAAUGAAAUGGAUCAAAUUCUUGGCAUAGACAUUGGUAUAGGUGCAGUUUGCAUAUAUCCUUUGCUGUUUGCAAAAAUGUAUGGAAAUCAAAUGAUUGGCACAGAAAUUGAUGAAGCAAGUGUAGAAACAGCCAUUCAACAUAUUGAAAAUAAUAACUUGCAACAUUUAAUAAAAGUGAUUAAAGUAAAUGGAGAAACAAUUUUGAAAGACAUCACGGAAGAAGGCAAAACCUAUCACUUUACAAUGUGCAAUCCACCCUUUUUUGAAGUGGGAGGAUCACAAGAAAAAGUAACAAAACGAUUGCCACCUAGAAAUGCAUUAACUGGAAAUAAAGAUGAACUCACAGUUCAGGGUGGUGAAAGGGCAUUUGUAAUGAAAAUGAUUGAUGAGAGCCUAGCAAUGAAAGAGAAAGUAAAAAUUUACACUACAAUGCUUGGUCAAAGAAGUAACUUGUUGUUCUUGUUAAAAUUACUUAAGAAAAGAAACAUAGAAAAUAAAAUAUGGACGGAAUUUUGUCAGGGACAUACCAAACGAUGGGGAUUGGCUUGGUCUUUUCUGCCAAUGGAUGUUAUUAAUUUAACGAAUGCACCUGUUGUUAGAAAAAGUGGAGAUUACAUUGCAAAGCUAUUAAAAGAGCAACGUCCAACGGAAAUACAGAUGCCUAUGAAAGAUAAAUUUUCUUCCCUUGACAACCUGAUCAAUUUCUUAGAAGAGUCAAUGGAAGAAUUAAAUAUACAAAUCAAGGAACUGAAUUUACCAAUUGACGAUUUUCACGGCUGGUCGUGCCAACUAAUUGCGGAAAACGAUACGUGGACUUACGCACGUAGAAAGCGUCGAUUAGCUCGACGACAAAUGAAUCAACCGGAAACUGAGAGUACAAAUUGUGCAAACACAGCACACAAUGUUAUAAAGAGUCCUGCAGAAAAACUAACGGAAAGUAAUUCAGAAAAUACAGAUGAACGAAAGCAAGUUCAAGUUUCGGUACAAGAAUCUGUUAAUAAAGAUCCUUUGCUAGUAUGUAGCUUCUUUGUCGAAGUGAUAGAGCACGACGAAGACUCUGAACGUGACAGUGCAAAAAUAUCUAUGGUCUUUGAGAAAGGAAGCGGCGGUAAAAAUGCUUUAGAAACGUUCAGACAGUAUCUGAUAAACAAAUUAAACGUCCGAGAAUAUUUACAAACGCAACACGCGAGGCCAACUAAAAAGAAAAGAAAACGAUUAAAGAAAAGUGAAAGCGACACACACGAAACUGAUAUCAAUUUAGAACAGGGCGAGUGUUCAUCGUUCGAAAAUAAUAUGAAGCCUCUUUAGAACGUUGGUUCACGUUCUAUACAAAAUGAUUUAUUUCACACGCGGAUUUUAUGAAGUUAUGUAACAGCCGCGCGGAAAUCACCCAUGCAGGACUGGGUCCUCGCGACAAGGUGGUAGGAAACAGCGACCUUCAAUGACCGUAGACCGUGGUAUCGAAGGUUUAAGGCCAAAGCAUGCUCCAAAAAGCGAAGCGACAAU